AGAGAAUGCCAACUCAGAGAGGAUGCUGUACAAUCAGCAUUGUAUUUUUAGUUAAUGCACAUAAAAUGGCUAUUUUUCAUAUACGUGAAUAUAUGUGAAAUGUUUGUGUUUGGUUGGAGAGCUUUGUUCAGUUUAGUGAAACAGGGAUUUAUUAUCUGAGUGAUCGUGGCCUUUUUCAGGACUGUUCUGUUCCACUAAGUGACGGUGAAAAAGCAGAUCAGUGAUGUGCAGGAACUCGGAUGGCACUCGUAGUGUCUUCAGUGCGGUUCCUGCGAGCUGAAGCGAAAACACAGCCGUGUUGGAAAUAAUAUGUCAACACCAUGAACCUGAAAAAGUGCAGAAAUUUCGGAGCCUCCUCCACCUCUCUGGAUGGGAUUGGAAAACAAGACUCUGUGUGUGCAGAUGCUGACUCAAAGAGGAAAAGGAAGAUGGCCGAGAUCACACAGGCUCUGAAUGCAACACCUGUCGAUGUGGCCACGCUGAGGAGGAUGGCCAUCAGUGAAGGAGGGCUUAUAACCGAUGAGAUCCGCUGUAAAGUCUGGCCUUGGCUACUGAACGUCCCUGUAGAGCUCAUUCCUGAAAAACUUGAUGAAGUGGAUCGAGAGAAUAAUAAGGACUACAACCAGGUGCUCUUGGAUGUACAGAGAUCCUUGAGACGCUUUCCUCCAGGUAUGCCUGAUGAGCAGAGGAUGGGACUGCAGGAGGAGCUGAUCGAUAUCAUCCUGCAUGUGCUGCAGAAAAACCCCCAGCUACAUUAUUAUCAGGGCUAUCACGACAUCGUGGUCACCUUUCUGCUCGUUCUGGGAGAACGCCUCGCUACUGCGCUGGUGGAGAAACUCUCCACACACCAUCUCAGGGACUUUAUGGACCCCACCAUGGACAACACAAAACACAUCCUCAACUACCUUAUGCCGAUUAUAGAGCGAGUCAACCCAGAGGUGUACGACUUCAUGCAACAAGCUGAGGUGGGCACCAUCUUCGCCCUGAGCUGGCUCAUCACUUGGUUUGGCCAUGUAUUAUCAGAUUUCCGGCAUGUAGUGCGGUUGUAUGAUUUCUUCUUGGCCUGCCAUCCACUGAUGCCAAUUUAUUUUGCUGCUGUGAUUGUGUUGUAUCGGGAGGAGGAGGUGCUGGACUGUGAGUGUGACAUGGCCAUGAUGCACCACCUGCUCUCUCAGAUUCCUCAGGAUCUCCCCUAUGAGACCCUGAUCAGUCGAGCCGGAGACCUUUUUGUACAGUUCCCUCCAUCCGAGCUGGCAAAGGGAACUACUCAAGAGCGUACUCAGCAAACAGCCGUGUCCACCUUCACAGACUUCGAGCUGGCCUCGGCGCAGCAGCGGCCUGAUACUGUGCUUCGCCGCAGGCGGAGAGAGGAGCAACAACAGCAGCAGCAUGGCAGCACCGUCGACCCUCAGCGCAGCACCAUGGUUGUGAUUCGACCUGCUACUCGUCGACUUGUCAGACUGGCAGUGAUGGGCAUCACUGUGGCACUGGGGGCCGCUGCAUUGGCUGUAGUGAACUCUGCUCUGGAGUGGGCACCUAAACUUGACCUCCUGUUCCCUUAACACGCACCGAAAAGGCCCGUCUCACUUCAAGGACUUUGAGAUGUGCUGUCUUCAUUUUUUUUUUUUUAAAUAUAUUUGUGAGGCCUGAGUAAUUUGUGCUAAGAGAGAUUACAACAAAGUGUUUCCUUCUCCUAGGGUUAAGCUGAGGAUCUGGAAUAUAUGUUAAGUAAUACACUACUGAUCCAUGAGAAGUAUUUGUGUUGUGAGCGAGAGAAACAUUAAGUUUUUAUUUGAACAAGUUUGCCUAAAUAUGGAGUUAAUUGUUGUCGAAAGUAGUCCCGUGGAAAUGCAGCCGCAAGCUAGUAAUUUUUAAGAAUUCUGAAUCCAUUGUCAAUUUUGUAAAUCUCUAAUUUGUUAUACAAAGUUUGUAUGCUUCUUUGUCAUAUGAUUCAUUUUGUACAGUAAAACUUGCACGCACCUGUACACUUUCUGAACCUAUCCACUUGCCUACACUUCCCAUCUGUUGUCUGUAGCUGACCACUUUGCCACACCUCCUUACCUUUCUGGACCCAUCUGUUUGGCCAUACCCCCAUCUGUUGUCUGUAGCUGACCAUUAUGGCCACGCCUCCUUACUUUCUGGAGCCAUUUGCUUGGCCACUCCCCCAUCUGUUCUCUGUAGCUGACCACUUUGCCACACCUCCUUACCUUUCUGGACCCAUUCACUUGGCCACACACCCCCAUCUGUUUUCUGUAGCUAACCACUUGCCCCUACCUCCUUACCUUUCAUGACCUGUCCAUUUGGCCAUGCUCCAUUAGUUCUCUGAAGCUGAUCUCUUGACCCCACCUUAUUUUCCUGGACCCUUCCAGUUGGACUUAACCCUCAAAAAGUAAGAUUUUAUAACCAUCGUAAUCAUACCUUUCAGCAGUCCAAGGAUUCAGAAAUGAAGUUGUAGGUGUGUAAAUUGUAAUUCAUUUUUGCAACAUUAACAUUGUAAAGACAGUUGAAGUCAAGAUUUGGUAAUAGUAAUAAAAUGUUUGUACUUGCAAAAAGGUCAUUGGUUUAUUCACAUGAUUGUAGAUUCACAAUCAGAUUAUGGAUUUGAGAUUCAUAAGAUUACACUGUCGACAUUGCAUUUAUUUAUGUUUUUUUUGAAGUUCAUCUUAAUAUGCAGAGAUUGUUGAACGCAUAUAUCCAUUAGGAAGAGAAAGUGUUUUCCCUUUACGAUAAUAUUGAGACCAAAAUCCUUUAAAAUAUUAGUGCUUUUUUGCAGUUAAUACAGCUCAUAAUUUUCAAUAUGUGCUCUGAAACUGAAUAUGAAUAAAUUGGUGUAGUUUGUAUGCCACUUUAUUGCAUACACUUUCGGCAAAAGGAAAAAAAAAAGAUAUUGCAGUUGUAGGUAUAUUAUGGUAUACCACCAGAUUUGGCACAUAAUACUGAAAACAGUUCUGAGGGUUUGUUUGUUUGUUUUUAAAUAUAUUUAAUAACAGCAGACAGUUUAAAAGACAUUUCUGUAAGAUUUGCUCUAUUUUCUGUUAUUUUCUCUCAGCUGAUGAGCUGUGGAUCUGAAAUGAAUAAAUAAUUAUCCUAUUUGCAUAAGAAGGAGAAAAUAUGUUACCAUCACAUGCGUUAAUUGCAUGUACAAAAAUACAUCAAAUUGGACAAUAUGUAUAAUCGGUAUCGGACGUCUGGAUGUCUAAUACAAAUUUCUUAUUCUUGAAAGCCCAGUUAUCUUGUAAUGUUUUUACAGUAGACUUUACCAUGAAACUAACAGCUACAAUAUUUUAUGCAACAAUCUCUGUUCCACUACAGUAUGUCCUGUAUUAAAGAGCAAACAGUGACUGAUUUAGUUACUUGAUGGCAUGGUCAUAGAACCCAAUUUAAUAUAAUGAACGGUGCAUACAAGUAUCUGUUAGCUCUAUUUUAGAAAUCAGCACAGAAUAUAUUAUUUUCACUAAUCACUUCAUAACUUGGUUCUGAACUGCACCAACACUUACUGGCCAUAUACAUUCACAAUCUGUACUUAAUCCAUAUUUUUACUUGAUCAUAAGUUAUUAAUAAAUAAUUUUUGGUAACUUAUUUGCACUGAAAUAUAUUCAUGUUUGCUGGUUGCACUUUGCAAUAGUGAAAGUAUGUCUCUUACUUGGUCAUUCUUACAAUGUUUAAUUAAUCUGCAAAAUAUGUUGACCAACAAAUAAACUUA